CGCAAACUUCUCAGAAGCAGUUGGGAUUUAUAUCACUAAGAUGUGGACCCUGAAGGGUUUCUGACACCCCCACUUGUCUCGGGAGCUGGAAGCGCCUGUCUCAUGUGGGCAGCCCUCAUCAGGGAAUGACAGAGGCAUGGGCAUGUUUCCCUGAGUCAAGGAAGACAUGAGAUUGGAGACUCAGCACCAUGACAACUUCACCCUCUAGCAGUGACUACAGUAGCACAGAGGACUCUGCUUCCGAAUGCCAAUCUUACCAGAGCCUCUCGAUUGGCCACUACCCCCCUGAGAACACGUUUUCCUAUGAGGAGAUGUUCUCCUGUGAGGAGGCAGCCUCCAUGGAUUCUUCCAUCCACUUCCUCCCUCCUAUCCAAGGUACCUGGGGGACAGAGAGUGUAAGGAGACUCUUCCGGAAACGAGAUCAGAUGGAGGGUGACCCAGAGCAGUUCUGCAAGCUAAGCAUCACCCUGGCCUGGGAUACUGAUGUGAGGUCUGACCAUGCAGACUCUCUAGCUAAUAUGGAUCUAAAUGGCCACCACCUGUGGAUGGAUAAGUGGCCAGAAGAUAGGACAAAACUAACUCUCUGCAAACUGGAUAACCUAGUACAGAAACUCGAGACAUUUCUAGAAAAAGAAAAAGGUAGCCAACAUGAUGGUCAUGCACUCCCUGAAUCUACUCAGAACAAAGACGUCCACCUGACCAGUACUCCCCCUCCACUCCUUGACAUUUGUCAAGACUUGCCCAAGCACAAAACACCAGGAAAUGAAGAUAUCUGUCAGAUCUUAGAGAAUCCUCCAAGGCUACAGAAAGAUGAAGUUGUGGAGAUAAGCCAGAUAGCUCAAAGCUCCAUGGAGACCUCCCCGGUGCCAUCCACUCAGCAGGAGGAUGCUUCUCACUCAUAUAGUGUAUUCUGUCUGAACUUUCGGUGGAUCUUCCACUGGCUGAGGACACAAGUCUUCUCCCGAUUAAGGAGAGAACACCCUAGCCAGGCCACCACCAGCUGGCACCAGAAGGCAGCAAGAAAGAUACAUUCUCUUAGAGGCAACAGAAUCCAACCCCAAGAAUGACUCAAGAAUGAGUUCGCCUGACAUUCCCAGAUUCUUAAACUUUUUGAAGCCCCUUGUUUGACAGUCCCUAAGAGGUGGUGUGUGUUGUUCUCUCCUCUGCCUCACAAAUGAGGAAAUCAAGACUAGGAACACAUAGGUGGAGUUUCCAAUCUUCACAUUCCUUCUGAACCAGCCACUUACAACCAGCAUGCUGGGGCACCUGAGAACAAGUGUGCCUGAAGCAGUCUGGUACCACGGAUCAUCAGAACUGCUGUCUCCAUGUUGGAGCCAUGAUCACAAGUGGUAGCUCCAAACCUGCUCAAUACCUGCUGGAAGCACAGCCCAAACCAUCCUGCCAUGGUGGGAGGCUAGUGGGAUAUAUACUGCCUUCUGGAAAUGAGGGUAUGAGUUAAUGAAGAAUGAGUAAAACACACAUAAAAUAGACACAAUUGAGCAAAAUACAGCAAAAAGAAGCGGGGAGGGAUACUAUUUAGGAAGCAAAAUACUACCUAAGUUUUCUAAGAAUGAGUUCAGCCUUCUGAAUUCAACAAGUAUAUUUUCAGCUCAAGUCAAAGUAAUUUGCUGGGAUAAGACACAGAUAACAGAGAUCUGUGAUUAUUAAGGGGAAAAAACAAAACAAACAACCGGGGAUUACUGGCCAGGAGCUACCAUUUUCACCAGGUCUAUGCCUCACCUAUACAGAAGAACAAGACCACUUCUUUAGUAAGAUUUCUGGUUUCCUUGUACUCCUUCUAAUCUCUGGAAUUAUGUAGCAUGUCAUAUACCAGAAAUAAGACAAUGAAUUCAGCAAUAGGAAACAUUCUAGCAUUCCUCAUCCAUUUUAGUCCAGUAUGCUGUAAGUCCAACUAAAGCAGGUCCUCAGUGCCAAAUUUGUGGGGAAGGGGUGGAUCUGGCCACAGCAAGUAGCAAAAAGAGUAAGCAUGAACUGCAAGUGGUCACUGGGGAAAAAAGAGGUUGGCUGAACCCUCAAGUCUCCUGUAGAGUUACUAUAAUUUUCAGGAACAUGAUAAUUUCAUUAAUCAAUAGAUUUUAGGAUCUAUUACCUUAUGACUGAAAACUAAAACCAUUCCUUCAAGUGUGUCUCAACCUUGAAAUGAAGGUUCAGUUGCUCGAAUUAGAGGGGUAUAACUUAUGCAAUCAUACUCUAGAAUUCAUAAUACUGUAAUAAUCUUGAAUAUAGCAUAAAAAUUGAUCAAACUUAAAAGUUAUUCAACUCUCUGCAAACACAAGCAUGCCAUGUUAAUGUGACCAUAUUAUAGUAAUCACCUAUGAAAAGAACCCCAGAAAGAUGUGUAGGGUGAUCUGUCAAUAAACAAGGGCAAAAUCUUUUUUUCAAGAC